CAGUAGCAACAGCAUCAGUAACAGCAGCAACAGCAGUAGCAACAGCAUCAGUAACAGCAGCAGCAGCAGCAGUAGCAACAGCUGGGUCUCCAUCAAGCUCCUAACAUCACAGUACAAGUGUCAUAAUACACUAUGGCUGAUCAUCAAGUGUUUAAUGGAUGUAGACUUGUCAAGGCUGUUAAGAUCUGUGCCAGAAAUGUCUUGUAUAAGACAUUUCUCUGGGGAACCCCAGACAAACCUGCCAGUAUGACGCUGGAUCAUUACUUAAAACAUAUAAAUGUUCCAGUAACAUCAAAAACCUUUGAAAAAACACAAAAAGAGAUGAUUAACAAGAGUCCAGAUGGAUCAGAGUUUGAUGUGUCACUGUUGUAUCUUAGCAUCAAACUCGCCUGUAAGCAUGUAGCUCCAUUCAAUGAUGAAAAAUGGUUCACUAAAGGCAACGUAAUGGAGUAUCACAUUACUGCAAUAAAGAACAUGAGGAACAAUGUUCUUCAUGGUCAACUUGCAGUUACUGAUGAAAAAUAUUAUGAAAAUAUAAGAGAACUACGGGAGUUGUUAAAUAGUUGUCUUAAGACAUCUGGAGAGAAGUAUGGGAGAGACCAGGAUGAAGUGAAGCAGGAGGUCACACAGAUGAAUGAUGUCCUGGACCACAUUAUGAAUGAGAUUCUUGGAGAGGAAGACAUACUGAUGUAUGGUGGCGACAAGCUCAAACAUCUUAUGAUUAAUGACAGUCGUGACAAACUUAAGAAGAUCUUCCAAAGUAUCAGCUACGUCAACCCGGUGUCUUUUAUCACUAGUGACUUGAAACUUAAAGUAGACAAAACCUUUAUAGAUAUUGAGGUCAAACAUGGACAACGUGGAGGUCAAGGUCAACAUAUAAGUUAUCAACACCUUCUUAACCUUGCUCAGACUACAGCAGUACCAACUUCUACAAGAAGUGUCUCACAACAACAAGGUACAUCUACUCCCCCACAUAUAAUAUUGGUUGAAGGUGUUGCUGGCAGUGGCAAGACUACUCUAGUGACACUAGUAAUAGAUGAAUGGACUCAGGGAGGUCAAGGUAAUAUUAGUGACUUAGAUAAUUACGAGCUUCUACUGUGGGUACAGUGCCGGGACCCAACAAUGACCUGCUACCAGCAACUCCUGGACAGACUGAUGCCAGAAGUUGCUAUAAAAUUCAAGGAUAUUCUUAAGAAACUGAUGAAGCUUAGCAAGAUCUUAAUUAUAAUUGACGGCCUUGAUGAAGACAAUGAAAGUUCUAGAACACUAGUCCAGAGUCUAUUGCAAGAAUUUAAGUACUGUUCUAAUAUUGCUUUUCUGUGCACUUCACGACCAGAAAAAGUUGAGAACUUUAGGAGAACAAUCCCUGCAGAGUAUACUGUGCAACAUGCAACACUACAUGGUAUAUCUAAGACAAAUGUGGAACAAUUCGUGCGUCUGAACCACCAGGAAAUAACCAAACAAACAGGGAAUAACACAAAUACUGAAGAACUUGUAACAAAGUUGAGGAAGUUAGAAAGACUUCACGAACACUUAAGACUACCAAUGAAUUUGAUUCUCAUGAUAUACAUCUGGGACCAAGAGCCUGACCAGCUAAACUUAACAUCUGUCACUCACACGGAGCUAUAUUAUAAUAUUCAUCAACUGUGUAAACACAAUAUUCUACACUUACAUCUGCCUCAGCUACACCUGCCUCAGGUACACCUGCCUCAGCUAACCUGCCUUAGCUACACCUGCCUCAGCUGCACCUCCCUCAGCUACACCUGCCUCAGCUACACCUGCCUCAGCUACACCUGCCUCAGCUACACCUGCCUUAGCUACACCUGCCUCAGCUGCACUGCCUCAGCUACACCUGCCUCAGCUACACCUGCCUCAGCUACACCUGCCUCAGCUACACCUGCCUCAGCUACACCUGCCUCAUCUACAACUGCCUCACCUGUCAGUGUCAAGGGAGUGUUAGAAAAGAGCAUCAGGUCAGGUGUGGCAGACAUGAACAAGUCCCAGAAUGUUUUGAUACAUGUGGCUGGGCUGUUGCACCUGGUAAUAGACCAGAUCCUGAGACACCUGCACGGGAGGUGGUUCAACUCCUACAAGAGUCUGACUACAGCAGUACCAACUUCUACAAGAAGUGUCUCACAACAACAAGGUACAUCUACUCCCCCACAUAUAAUAUUGGUUGAAGGUGUUGCUGGCAGUGGCAAGACUACUCUAGUGACACUAGUAAUAGAUGAAUGGACUCAGGGAGGUCAAGGUAAUAUUAGUGACUUAGAUAAUUACGAGCUUCUACUGUGGGUACAGUGCCGGGACCCAACAAUGACCUGCUACCAGCAACUCCUGGACAGACUGAUGCCAGAAGUUGCUAUAAAAUUCAAGGAUAUUCUUCAGAAACUGAUGAAGCUUUGCAAGAUCUUAAUUAUAAUUGGGCGCCUUGAUGAAGACAAUGAAAGUUCUAGAACACUAGUCCAGAGUCUAUUGCAAGAAUUUAAGUACUGUUCUAAUAUUGCUUUUCUGUGCACUUCACGACCAGAAAAAGUUGAGAACUUUAGGAGAACAAUCCCUGCAGAGUAUACUGUGCAACAUGCAACACUACAUGGUAUAUCUAAGACAAAUGUGGAACAAUUCGUGCGUCUGAACCACCAGGAAAUAACCAAACAAACAGGGAAUAACACAAAUACUGAAGAACUUGUAACAAAGUUGAGGAAGUUAGAAAGACUUCACGAACACUUAAGACUACCAAUGAAUUUGAUUCUCAUGAUAUACAUCUGGGACCAAGAGCCUGACCAGCUAAACUUAACAUCUGUCACUCACACGGAGCUAUAUUAUAAUAUUCAUCAACUGUGUAAACACAAGUUAAUACACAGACUGAUCAACCAUCAAGAUACAAAGAAUAUGGAUGACAGGAAAUUAAAAGUUAACAUUAACAAUGUUUUGAUAACAAUAUACAAGAUAGCGCUAGAAAGUCUUUCAGUUGAUCAGUUAAACCUUGAGGAAGAAACUGUAGAUAAACUGCUAACUACCUGUGAUGAACUGUGUUUACCUUAUAAAGAAGUGUUGUCAGCGUUCCUUUGUUUGAGACCAACAUGGACGAUGCUGGGGAUCAAGGAGCGCUACACCUGCCUCAGGUACACCUGCCUCAGCUACACCUGCCUUAGCUACACCUGCCUCAGCUGCACCUGCCUCAGCUACACCUGCCUCAGCUACACCUGCCUCAGCUACACCUGCCUCAGCUACACCUGCCUUAGCUACACCUGCCUCAGCUACACCUGCCUCAGCUCACUCACUCGCUCAGCUACACCUGCCUCAGCUACACCUGCCUCAGCUACACCUGCCUCAUCUACAACUGCCUCACCUGUCAGUGUCAAGGGAGUGUUAGAAAAGAGCAUCAGGUCAGGUGUGGCAGACAUGAACAAGUACCAGAAUGUUUUGAUACAUGUGGCUGGGCUGUUGCACCUGGUACUAGACCAGAUCCCUGAGACACCUGCACGGGAGGUGGUUCAACUCCUACAAGAGUCUGGUAUGAGAGACAACGACCAGUGGCUCGAACUCCUUGACAACACUAACAUGUCUCCAGUAAUUGUCAAACAAAUAUCGCACUUACUCAAUACUGAAAAAACAAUUGAAGUAAGUGAUGAACGUGUGAGAAGCUGCGUUGCUCUCCUGCCUCACCUCAGCUCCUGCAAGGUGGAGAUUAACAUCCUGGAUGACCCAGGUGACCUGCCUCACCUGCCUGACCUGCUGGCUGCCCUCACCCACCACCACUGUACACAACUGCUACUGUGGCACCACUACUAUAAUGCUGACACAACCACCACUUCCGACAACUUGCUGGAGCUUCUACAAGAUCGGAGACACCUGGAGGACUUCAUGGGUUGUCUUACUGGUGGAGGAGUGAGACUGUUGGAGGAGUGUAAUAAGCUGAGGGACUUUCACCUGGCUGUGGUGAGUGACUACCAUGCUGGCUGUCUUCUGCCACAACUACACCACACUGUGACCUCCACACUACCUCAACUUAAGCGGCUCAGCCUGGCGGCUUCUGGGACAAUGUAUGUUGAGCUAAUUUGUGGAGUGUUGGCUGGCCUGGCUGCCUUCUGGACAAUGUAUGUUGAGCCAAUAUUACUGGGAGUGUUGGCAGGGCCUGGCUGCCUACUGGACAUUGUAUGUUGA